UGUUAUGGAAAGGUGGUAACCAGCUAUUCAAGGAUUAACACUCACAGAACUCCACAUAACUCAGACUCUUUUGAUAAAAAGCCCGACAUAAGACACAUGAUGGACUGCACUCAAAUUUUGGAUGAUCUCGCAUUUGAAGAGCUGAAAGAGACCAAAGAUGACAAAAAAAUACAGUUUGGAAGUUUGGAAAUUGGUGGCAAGAGUUACCCAAUAUACAAAGGAGAGAAUCGUAUUGGCAGAGAUUCUGAAGCAUGUUCAGUUGUUAUUGACAGCAAGGCAUUAUCAAAGGAACAUGCAGUGAUUGAUGUUGCUGAUGUUGACAAUCAUCAUCUGUAUGAUCUGAGCAGUACAAAUAAAACACGUAUGGGGAAGCUCGUGCUUCAGCCAUUCAUUCGCUACAACAUCCAGGACCAAGCUACAAUAAUGUUUGCUGAUAUCAAUGCCACAUAUCACAAAUGCAGUGAAAUUGGUGAUAUUACUGCUGUGGAUGACAGUAGAAGCACACCUACUGAAGACCUGGAAGACACUGUAAAUGAUUUGGAUACCCAGAUGGAGUGCCAUUAUGAAGAUGGAAAACUAAAACCCACUGUAACAAACAAUAUUUUUGCAGAUAAUAUUUAUGAUGCACCGACACAGUGUGAAGAUUUUGAACGUGAUACCUUAAAUGAGUCGGGAAAAAUUGUGACUUCUCUCACUACUUCUGUUCUGAAAACAAGUGUUUCUCCCUUGCUUUCAAAUGACACAAAUAGAUCAACUACUAAUGAAAGUGAGAGCAGUACUGUUCUCAACGAUCAGUCUUAUGAUCGUUCAUUACUGGAGGGUGAUGAGGAUAUGUUCCAGAUGUCUGUUUCUGGAUCAGGUGAAAUUAAAGAUGCAGGGAAAGGAGAGGCUGAGGGCAGUGAGCUCACCUGCAACCAGCAAGAGCAGAAAAAAAAAUCUGAUUGCCACCAAUCAGGAUCUACUCUGGUACAUACAGCUGUACAAGAUGAUGCACCAUGUGCUGAAAAGUCAUUCGCACUUGAUUUAUCUUCAGGAGAUGAAACUGACCCAGAAGAUAUUUUUUGUGCACAGACGCAACAAUUUCCAGCGUCAAAAAAUAAUUUGGGAACAAAAAAAAUGGGUGACACAGUAAUUAGUAGACAGACAGUUUCACAUGGCACAGACAAAUUGAAAGGUUUAGAUAAAUCAGUUGUAGAAGAUAAGAAAGCAGAAAAUACUAGUGUUCGUUUAAUGCAAGACACCUCAACUAAUGAACAGAGAGUGGAAGAAAAUUUUGUCCAAAGUAACUUUUCAAAAAGUUUCACAGAGAAUGCUGUGUCAACUGUAGCGCUACAAGAAAAUAAAAAGAAGCAAGAGUCAGACUUUUCAAAUAAGGAAGUUGCAUCUGGUGAUGAAACUGAUCCUGAAGACCUUUUCUGUGCACCAACUCAGAAAUAUUGUGCUAAUAAAGGGAAGCUAUCUUCAGAUAAGACAGAUGAAAAUGAUCUGGAAGAACUAUGUGGUGCUCCAACUCAAAAAUUUGUGAGUAUUGACGACAAAAAGGACCAUGACAGUCUUCUAAAUAUCCCCCAAAGUGAAACAGUGUGUCAGUCUCCAAAAUUGUUCACUUUGCGUAAACAAGUGGAACUAACUGUAUGCAAACAAAGUGAACAGAUAAAUGAAAUGGAAACGGAGCUCUCUGACACUACUCUAGAAGAUGUAAUUUGUCCAGGAACACAGGAAAGCAGGAGAAUGGCUACUGAAAUCGAAAUUGCUGAGACACCUGAAAGAGAUAUGCUUGUCAGAGGUCACGGUGGAAGAAAGUCAGUUGUUGAGGAAGGCACAAGUGCAGAAGAUAUGUCAGAGAACCAGAAAAAUGAAAAGAACAGAAUACAGUCAGAUGUGAAUGAUGAUGAAUUAUUUAAUGCUCCAACUCAGAAAAUAGAGAAUUUCUAUGAUUUGAGCGAAGCUAAUAAGACAGACAAAACUAAAGCUCACAGUGAGAAAGGAGAAUGUGAGGAACAUCCAAAAUUAGUUGCUGAAGAUAAAAGCAAAGGACCACCAGAAUCAAUGAAGGAAUCGUUGCAGAGCAUUGUAGUGAAAGUAGCUACUGGACUAGAUGUCUGUAGUGACAUUUACUCACAACCCACCCAGAGAUUAGGGGAAUGGAAUGAAGAACAAUGUUUCCAGGGCAAUAGAAGUGCAGUGUGUAACAGGUCCAAAAUAAGUUUGCAGAAGGGGACAGACCUACAAGAACUGUUUUCUCAACCAACACAGAAGUUUUGUGGAUCAAGUACAAAAGAUAAAACGACAGAUAAACAAAAAUGUCCUGUACAGGAAACUGAUGUAAGAAGAUUGCCAAAGGGAGCAAGUAAGAAAACUUGUGAAAACAAACCUGGAAAUGCUAGUCCAAGUGUACUAGUUUUUGAAAAUGUAAUAGAGGGUUCUUCAGAUGUGAAUGAUAUUGCACAUAUUAGAGAGACCCAUGAUACUGGUGAUAUAUUUUCUUGCCCCACUCAGAAACUGGAUGCAAGUUUGACUGAAAAAAAUGAUUCUGUUCUGGCUGAUCAGCGGCCACCUGUUUACAAUAAAUACGAAAAGGAUAUAUUCUCAGCUGACACACAGGAUUUUCCACAGAAAACAGAAUCUGGGAGGAAACUGAACUCACUGAGUGAGUGUGACAAAAAGGCAGCAAAUUUACAGCUGUCUACAAAGGGAGGAAUGGAUGGUCAAGAUAAUUCUUUAUCUGGGGAAGAUGAGGAGGUUAUUAAAAUAUUUUCGAAAGACUUAGUCCACAAGGAAGUCCCAGAUUGUGAGUCAGAAAAACAUACAAGAAAUACUGCCAAGCAAGGUGAUGAAUCCAGUACUGCAGGCAUUCGUUUGAAAAAUAUUGUAAGUAGCACUACUGUAUGUAGAGAAGAAGAUGAAGGUUCACUGGAAGUGGAACUACAUCUGCCCCAAUCACAAGAAGUUUUAGCUGCGCUAAAGGAAUUAGAAAGUAAAGCAACUGUGAAAAUCACUUCUCAUGAUAGUAGUGGUAAUAUGGGAAACAAUUUUUCUAGUCCUGUAAUUCCAAGAAAAAGAAAAAGUAAAGCAGCUGGUGAAAGAAAACUUGAUACAAUUCAGGAGUCACGAGUAUCAGAAAAUAUUAUAUUUCUGUCUGAAACUCCAGUAUCUGCUUCCAAUAAUUUGGCACGUGACUUGGAAGCAAAUUCUAGUGGGAAAAGAAAAGUUAAGAGACAAUGGAAAGAUGAACAUAUAAAAGAGAGCCAUAACUUAGAUGCUAUUCAGUCUGCUGAUAUAGAUUCUUUGUCUGCUGAAGUGAGUGCACAAAAUAUUAAUAAUUUACCUGAUAGCAAAAACUCAGGAAGUAGAAGAUCAGUCAGAGAAAAGAAGAAAACGUGGAAGCUCACAGAAACAACUGACAAUACAUCCCCAGGACAUAAAAAGAUAGUAGAAAGUGCUGCUAAUGAAACAUCUCACCGAAGAACCUCUCAGAAUAAAUUCCUUGAUUCAGUACCUGAAAACAGUACAGGAAAAGCUCCAGGAAAAAGACAUUCUCAGCUUAAAAAAGCUGUUAUAACUGCGGAAUGUAACACUGUAUCUGACUUGGAAAUUAAAGGUAGUAGUAAGAAGCGUUCUCUUAAAAAUAUUGGUACAGAAGAUAGCAAGCCAUCUGUUCCAAACGACAACCAGCCAGAAAAGAAUUCUGAAGAGUCAAAUCAAGAACAAACAACAAAUUGUGAUAAAAAUGACAGUUACAGUUCAGUGUCAGUUGAUUUCCAACAAUCAGAAUCCAGAAGUGCUUCUAAGUUUAAGGAGCCAUUGGAAGAAAGCAAACAGGCAUCAGGACGCACAAGAAGAAGCAGAAUUACAUCUGUUAGUAAUAUAUCAGAGGAAAAUAGGUUUCAAAGAGGAGAUCUAUUGCAAAAUGUUAAAAAAUCACGUGCAACGCAAUUGGGAAAUCCAAUUAGUGAUAAACGAAAUAGCUCAGAUGAAAAUUCUCUAGAAGUUGAAAACAUUGGACCUAAAACUAGAAAAUCAAAACUUGAUAGUAGAGCAGAUAUAUCGGAAGGCAGUGUCAAAUCCAGAAACCACAAGCAGGUAACAAGCAAACGUGUUACAGGGAAAAUAAAUAGUAAUGAAGAUGAUGAAUCAUGUGUUAGACUAUUUGAUCAUCAAGAAGAAUCUCAGAAAAAUAGGGUACCAUUUCCAGAGAUUGGCGAAAAGGGGAGUACUGGCGUGGUUCCAGAGAAUGUUGAAGAAAAUUCAAGAGCGGAGAGGAGAACUUCCAAAAGGAAACAGGAUGAAAUAAGCUCACGUAGAAGUCAUAAUUCGAAACGUACAAGUCUAAGCUCUGUUAGCCCCAUUGACAACCAUAAUAUUCCCUUGGAUACAGAUGAAGUAAAAGAGGCUCAACCACCAAAGAAGAAACGAAAAGUGACUCAGUCUAGCGUAGAGGACAGUGAGUCACUGAAUAAAGACACGUUGGAAGAAAAUUGUUGUAGAAGUGAAGAACAUGCUGUUAAAAGUGUCAAGAUGCCUCGAGGUAGAAAGACAGGCACAGAACAAUUGAAAAGUGUUCCAGACAUUACAAAAACAGAUUCACCAAAAUCACGGGAGUACAAAAAUGUCCCAGCAACAACCAGGAAGCGAAGAACUGUUAGUGAGAAAACCCAUGCUGUCAAUGAAAAUGAACUUUCAAAUCCCAGUACUGGGCAGGAGAAAUUUGUUUCUGAACAUGGAAAAACAGCUAAGUGUGACAGCCCUGUUAAGAAGACAAAGACGUCACUACCUUUGUCAUCGAGUGAACAGGUGAAAUCUGCGCAACAUAAAGACCCCUCUGAUAACUCUGUGGAAAACAAUGAGAAGUCACCUAGAGCAUCUCAUCGUCUGUCAGCACGCCCUACAAAAACAACUCAUCAAGUUCUGUUUACGGGCCUGAAUGAUCCUAGGCUCCAGACUACAGUCCAGAAUCUAGGUGGGAAGAUAAUGGAGAAACCUGAAGAUUGUAAUGUCCUUGUGACUGAUAAAGUACGCCGAACUUACAAAUUUUUGUGUGUUAUGGGGCAAGGGAAACCAAUUGUGUCACCAGACUGGCUGCUCAAAUCACAGAAAAGUGGCAGAUUUUUAGAUCCUUGGGAAUUUCUUCUUAAUGAUAAAGAAAAUGAAACAAAGUUCAAAUUCAGUUUAAAGAAAUCAUUGCUGCAGUGUGGCAAAGCAAAGCUUCUCACCGGUUUUAAUGUGGCAGUCACACCAAGUGUGAAACCACCACCACAGGAAAUGAAAGGUAUAGUUGAAAGUUGUGGAGGUACAUUUAUAGAAGCCAUGAAGAAACUUCCAGCAAAUUCUUUCAUAGUAUCUUGCAGUGAAGACAAGCAUAUGUGGCCAAAAUUAAAGAAGCUUGGGUCACCUGUCGUUGGAGCUGAAACUUUACUCUUGGGAGUUUUGCAACAGAAGUUAAAUUUGAAUACUUACCUUCUCAUAUGAGCACUACUUGGUAACUUGUAUGUACACCUAUGUAUAUAUAAUAGUACUUUUUUAUUGUAUUUUCUCUGUACUCUUACUGAUGUGUUUGUUAACAAGUAAUGAUUUGAAUAUCAUAUGUGGGAUGUCAUUCAGUGCAGCUCGUUUUUAUAUUUUCUUAUAAGCUGACAAUGUUCAUUGUUAUGUACACAUAUUUUUAUGUGUAAAAUAGAAAUCUUUAUAGGAAUGCAAGUUUUCAUGGUGAUAUACAUUGAUAAAACUGUCUCAUGCUUCCAGUCACAUCAAGUUGUUUAGAUACCACAAGCUUUUGACCUAGUACUUCUCAGCCAUUGUCAAGUGGUUGCUAUAAGGAUGGCAGCAGCAGCCACAUGGCAUUAUGAUGCUGCAGGCUGUGAUGUCACUAGUGCCUAGUCCAGUGCCAUAUAACACAAUGUUUUGAUUGCAAGACAGCCACACCCGCUUCAACCUUCCUAUGGCUGGGUCCCAAGACUUGCUUAACUUCAAUCUCUAUUGAGGGUAUCUUAGAAAUUUUUUUCUCACUCGCGUCUUUUAUGAUGCCGUACCAGAAACCGUGUGUCUGUAUAAUGAUAAGACAAAUGGUUUCUGGUUCAGCCUCAUGAAAGAAGUGACUGAGAUAAAAAUGUCUGAAAACACCUCAAUAAAGAUGGUAGUCUGCAGUUAAGCUUAGCUUGGAAACAGACUGUUAGAAGACUGAAGUAUUUGUGGCAGUCUUGCAACUGAAACUUUACCUUAUACAGCACUGAAAUGGGCGCCAAUAACAUCACAGGCAGUAGUGCCACUAUAUCUGGAAGCUCGAUAGAAUUUUAUCAAUAGAAAGCUUUGUAAAUCAAGUAACAGAAGCAGCCACAAGGCAUGUUUAUGUACAUAUUUGCUUUUGUAGUGAGAUACAAAAACAUCACAUUUCUUUGAAAUCUUGUAGCUUCCCAUUUGUACAAUGAGAAAGAUAUAUUUUUGUAAUACAUAUUUAUCUUAUG